GGGAGUGGAGGAGCAGUACAUUUCUCGCCUUCAUUCUCAGCACGGGAGACAGACAGACAGGAAUGAAAGCUUUUCCUCGGAGUUGAGGAGGAGGUACGGCUCUGGUCACGAAUGAACCGGCGAACACGAGUGUGUGGAAAACUGCGCCGCUCCGACACUAGGACAUGACGAGGAAUAUGUGGACACUUUGCCGGGAUAUUUAGAAAGCGUCGCGGCAUGAAUUCAGGAUACUGAUUAGAGUUGACACCAGCCCUGCUCCAGUAGCAACUCUCUCCAUACUUCACCUCCAACCCCCUCCUUUACUCCGAAACCAGGAAAUCGACUUGCAGUGCUGCUUAUCCUUCUUCCCGCAGAUUAAAGAAACACACCAGAGCCCUUCAGUUGGGUUAUCGAUGAGGAUCUCGUCGAUAUAGUCGUUUUCUCUUUUGCCUUUGGGAGUUCGGCUUUACGUCUGAAGAGGAUCUGCACUGUCGUCGAACAAUGAGCGAGUCGAGUAUCUGUCAGGCGCGAGCCACUGUGAUGAUCUAUGAUGAUGGCAAUAAGAAGUGGAUCCCGGCAGGCACGGGCACCCAGGCUUUCAGCAGGGUCCAGAUCUACCACAAUCCCAGCAAUAAUGCAUUCAGAGUGGUGGGACGCAAGAUGCAGGCUGACCAGCAGGUCGUGAUAAACUGUCCAAUUGUAAAGACUUUAAAAUAUAAUCAGGCCACUCCCAACUUCCACCAGUGGCGGGACGCCCGGCAGGUAUGGGGUCUGAAUUUUGGCAGUAAGGAGGACGCGGCACUGUUUGCCAACGGCAUGAUGCACGCACUUGAGGUCCUGAACUCCUUGCCUGAUGGAGGGUACUCCACGCGGCCUGUGUCAAAUGGACCGUCUCCAGAAGAGCUUGAGCAGCAGAGAAGAUUGGAACAACAGAGGUUGGAGCAGCAAGAGAGAGAACGACAGGAAAGAGAGAGACUAGAGCGAGAGAGACUAGAGCGAGAACGACAAGCAGCUCCAGUCAUUCCUCCAGCACCUCCAUUAGCCGUUGGAGGCCCUCCGGCUCAUCCUGGACCACCACCUCCCCCGGGGCCUCCUCCCUCUGGUCCGCCCCCACCACCUGGACCUCCCCCCUCUCUAGGAGGAGGAGCUCCACCACCACCUGGACCUCCCCCCUCAGGAGGCGGCGGAGCUCCACCACCACCCCCUCUGCCCUCUUCUGGAGGAGAUGGAGGUGGAGGACUGGGGGGCGGAGGUCUCGCCGCUGCCCUGGCAGGAGCCAAACUCCGCAAAGUGCCCAAGGAUGAUUCUGGUAGUGGAGCUGUUGUUGUCAGCAGCGUUGCAGCCAGUGUUUCAGCAGCUCCUAAAGCAGACAGCAGUCGCAGCAGUGUGUCUAUGCCCAGUGGAGGAGGAGGCCUGAUGGGUGAGAUGAGCGCGAUACUGGCACGACGGAGAAAAGUUACAGAUAAAGGAGAGAAGCCACCCCCCAAAGUAGAAGAGCCCAAUAAUGAUGAUUCUGAAACCCCCGGUGACUUUAGGAGACCAUGGGAAAAAUCAGCUACUAUGCCCAGGACUAAUUCAGCGCUCAGAGGUCUGGACUCACCUUCUCCCUCUGGCACAAUUACCAGGAUGAAAUCUGUUAACCAAUCAACAGAGGCUGAUAGUGGAGAAGGAGAGUCCGAGAUGGAACGAAUUAAACAGGAACUGCUAGAGGAGGUGAGAAAAGAGCUUCAGAAGGUUAAGAAUGAAAUCAUCGGAGCCUUCAUUCAGGAGUUACAAAAAAGAGGAUCUACAUAGUCCUGCAGAAAUCGAUGGGACCACCUCCUGAGUAGCCCAGGGAUAUACACAUGUACACAAGCAUCCAGGGACUUCACCCCUAAUCAUUACCAUUCAAACCAACAUGAGUUUUCUUGUAGCUAGCUUUAUCUCUGCCCAUUUGUCUUUGAUAUUCAGCCCUUUUCUUCUUUCUCAUUUACGUUCACAUAAUAUUUUACAUGCCAUACCAACCCCCUUUUCUCAUCUUGUACACACUUGAUUCUUGUAAUCCACAGUACAUAAAGCCAGACAUCCUCUCCAUAAACUCAGUACUUGCCUAAUGUUAUUUCUAUUCAGGGACUUGAGCAUAUCAGUUAUCCCAGUGACUGUAAUGGGCAUAAACAGCCCCUUAUGAGCAACAGGGCCACAAGCUAUGAUGGAGGCAAAAACAAGACCUGCAGUACACACACUGUCCACCACACACACAUCUUUUAUUUGGGAAAUAUUCACACCAAGGCCUGAUUUAGCGACUGUCUCUGUUCAGGGGGGGCGGGGGACAUAUGCUUCAGAUAGAUAACUUCUGUAGCCAGUUGUUUGUGUGUGUGGUUGUGGGUUUGUGUGAAUGCAAUUGCCUCCUUUUAUCUGUGCCAUCUUGUAUGCUUAUGCCCACCGCUAUCCGGUGGUUCAAAGCAGCCAUUCUUACAGCUUCAGCCAUUGUUUGAGAGAUGUUUGCAAACUGUGUUGAGAUAUAAAAUACUACAAUGGCCAUGAUCAUUUUUGUCUUUUGGCCAUGCCAAACUGCCUUGGAAAAUACAUAUAAAUAUAAUUAUAUAUUAGGUGUGUGUGUAUGUGUGCGUGUGUGUAUGUGUAUAUAUACAUAUAUAUAUAUAUAUAUAUAUAUAUAUAUAUAUAUAUAUA